AGGAAGUACCCCUGAGCCGCACAGAGCCAGCCUGCAUUAGGGCACCUCAGGCGGGGACCGCAGGAGCCUGUGAAGCUAGCUGAGAAUGUCCGAGACCUCUGAGCCUGCAUUUGGAGGCAGGAGAGCCCUGCCCCGCAACGCGUCCAAUGCGGCAGAGGAUGACCUCCCCACUGUGGAGCUGCAAGGGUUGAUGCCCCGAGGUGUCAACCUGCAAGACUACCUUCAUGUCGCAAAUAUUCACCUGUUCAAGGAGAGAUGGGACACCAAUAAAGUGGACCACCACACUGACAAGUAUGAAAACAACAAGCUGAUUGUACGUAGAGGACAGACUUUCUUCAUCCAGAUUGACUUCAAUCGUCCAUAUGACCCCAGAAGGGAUCUCUUCAGAGUGGAAUAUGUCAUUGGUCGCUACCCUCAGGAGAACAAGGGAACCUACAUUCCAGUUCCUGUUGUCCCGGAGCUGCAGAGAGGCAAGUGGGGGGCCAAAGUUGUCAGGAGAGAGGACAGGUCUGUCCGGCUAUCCAUCCAGUCUUCUCCAGAGUGCAUUGUGGGGAAAUUCCGUAUGUAUGUUGCUGUCUGGACCCCCUAUGGCAUACUCCGCACCAGCCGAAACCCAGAAACGGACACAUACAUUCUCUUCAAUCCUUGGUGUGAAGAGGAUGCUGUAUACCUGGAUGAUGAUAAAGAAAGAGAAGAGUAUAUCCUGAAUGACAUCGGGGUUAUUUUUUAUGGAGACUUCAAUGACAUCAAGAGUAGAAGCUGGAGUUAUGGUCAGUUUGAGAAUGGCAUCCUUGACGCUUGUCUGUAUGUGAUGGACAAAGCACAAAUGGACCUUUCUGGUAGAGCGAAUCCCAUCAAAGUCAGCCGUGUUGGGUCUGCAAUGGUUAAUGCCAAAGAUGAUGAAGGCGUCCUUGUUGGAUCCUGGGACAAUAUCUAUGCCUAUGGUGUCCCCCCAUCAGCCUGGACUGGAAGUGUUGACAUUCUGUUGGAAUACCAGAGUACUAAGAAUCCAGUCCAGUAUGGUCAAUGCUGGGUUUUUGCUGGUGUCUUUAACACAUUUUUGCGAUGCCUUGGGAUACCAGCAAGAGUCGUUACUAAUUACUUCUCAGCCCAUGAUAAUAAUGCCAAUUUGCAAAUGGACAUCUUCCUGGAAGAAGAUGGGAACGUGAACUCCAAACUCACCAAGGAUUCAGUGUGGAACUACCACUGCUGGAAUGAAGCCUGGAUGACAAGACCUGAUCUUCCCGUUGGAUUUGGAGGGUGGCAAGCUGUGGACAGCACCCCCCAAGAAAACAGUGAUGGGAUGUAUCGGUGUGGCCCAGCCUCCGUUCAAGCCAUUAAGCACGGCCAUAUUUGCUUCCAGUUUGAUGCACCCUUUGUUUUUGCAGAGGUCAACAGUGAUCUCGUUUACAUUACAGCCAAGAAAGAUGGCACUCAUGUGGUUGAAACCGUUGAUACCAACCACAUUGGGAAAUUGAUUGUAACCAAAGAAGUUGGAGGAGAUGGCAUAAAGGAUAUUACUGAUACCUACAAAUUCCAAGAAGGCCAAGAAGAAGAGAGGCUGGCCCUGGAAACUGCACUGAUGUAUGGGGCUAAAAAGCCCCUCAACACGGAUGGUCUUCUUAAACCCAGGUCUGACGUGGUCAUGAAUUUUGAAGUGGAAAAUGCUGUGCUGGGAAGAGACCUCAAGCUAACUAUCACCUUCCAGAACAACAGCUCCAACCGUUACACCCUCUCAGCCUAUCUCUCGGGCAAUAUUGUCUUCUACACGGGGGUCUCCAAGACAGAAUUCAAGAAGGAGACAUUUGAAGUGACGCUGGAGCCCAUGUCUUUCAAGAGAGAGGAGGUGCCGAUCAGAGCGGGCGAGUACAUGGGCCAGCUGCUGGAACAAGCAUACCUGCACUUCUUUGUCACAGCGCGUGUCAACGAGACCAAGGAUGUUCUGGCCAAGCAGAAGUCCGCCAUGCUGACCAUCCCCCAGCUCACCAUCAAGGUCAGUUUUACCAUCUCAGACAAGGGAGAAGGGCAAGGUUAUUGAUUAGGCACCCAGGCG